GGCUGCUCUGGAGGGAGGUGGCCUGUGCAGGAGGAAGGCUGUUUGUGGCCACACUGGUAACAGGGACCCUUGGAGAAGAGUGAUCCUCCUGCAGAGAGGAUGAAUGGCCAAGGGAGAGUCAGUCCUGGAAGUGCAGCCCCAGCAGAAGAGAGAGGUUGCUCCUGGCUGAACAUCUGGGUUUUCCUUAUUUUUGUACUUGCAGUCAAAGCUGCCUUCGUGGCCUUGUGCCUCUGGCUUGUGGUUCCCAUCUGCCACAGCAGUGACCAGCCCUCAGCCCUGCAGCAGCAGUUCUCGCAGUGGGAGUGCGACUCAGCGGUGCCACAAGGCACAGAUGGAGGCUGGACGUGCUGCCCCAAGGGCUGGAGAAGGUUUCAAGGAAGCUGCUAUUUCCUGUCCAGUGAUACAAUGUCAUGGUCUGAGAGUGCACAAAACUGCAGUGGGAUGGGCUCCCAGCUGGUGGUGAUCAGCAGCAAGGCAGAGCAGGAUUUCCUCUCUGAGCAGAUAAAACAAUCUAAAGAACCUAAACCAGACAAUUUCUACAUUGGUCUGUUUGCAGAGAAGGUGGGCCAGUGGCAGUGGGUGGACAAGACUCCAUACAAUGAGACAGCAGCGUUCUGGCGAAAAGGAGAACCAAGUCAUGGCCAUGAAGAGAAUUGCGUUAUAAUGUACAGGGAUACUGAACUACCCAACAACUGGAGUAAUGUCAGAUGUUGGAACUAUCAUCGAAUUUGUGAAGCUGCAGCAGUAAUUGUGUGAUGGAAAUACCCCUGUCCUGAGUA